GCGCGGGGAGGGAGGGAGGGGCGGAGCCGCGAGGGUUUGACAGCGGGACGGAGCGAUGGACGCGGCGGGCCGAGGCGGAGCGGCGGCGUGAGGCUGAGCCGGGCCCCAGCCCGCACUAUGGGCGGCGCGGACUCCAAGCUGAACUUCAGGAAGGCCGUGAUCCAGCUCACCACCAAGACACAGCCCGUGGAGGCAACAGAUGAUGCCUUCUGGGACCAGUUCUGGGCAGACACAGCCACUUCAGUGCAGGAUGUCUUUGCCCUUGUGCCAGCUGCAGAGAUCCGAGCGGUGAGAGAAGAAUCACCUUCCAACUUGGCAACUCUGUGUUAUAAGGCUGUGGAGAAGUUGGUGCAGGGAGCAGAGAGUGGCUGCCACACAGAGAAGGAGAGACAAAUCGUCUUGAACUGCAGCCGGCUUCUCACUCGUAUCCUGCCUUACAUCUUUGAGGACCCAGACUGGAGAGGUUUCUUCUGGUCAACUGUCCCCGGGGCUGGCCGAGGAGGGGGAGAUGAAGAUGAUGAAAAUGCCCGGCCACUGGCUGAGUCGUUGCUCCUUGCUGUUGCAGAUUUGCUCUUCUGUCCCGAUUUUACUGUGCAAAGCCACCGGAGAAGCACGGUGGACACAGCAGAAGAUAUCCACUCCAUUGACAGCUGUGAGUACAUCUGGGAGGCAGGAGUGGGCUUCGCUCACUCUCCACAGCCUAACUACAUUCAUGACUUGAAUAGGACAGAGCUGCUUAAGCUGCUGCUGACCUGCUUCUCUGAGGCCAUGUAUCUGCCUCCAUCUUCAGACAGCAGCAACACCAACCCCUGGGUGCAGUUCUUCUGCUCUACAGAGAACAGACAUGCACUCCCCCUCUUCACCUCGCUCCUGAAUGUCGUCUGUGCCUACGAUCCGGUGGGUUAUGGGAUUCCUUACAAUCAUCUGCUUUUCUCUGACUACCGUGAGCCCCUGGUGGAGGAGGCAGCCCAGGUGCUGAUUGUCACUUUGGACUAUGACAGCUCCACCAGUUCAAGCCCCACAGUGGAUGGCACAACUACUGGCACGGCCAUGGAUGAUGUGGAUCCUCCAGGACCAGACAAUCUAUUUGUGAAUUACCUCUCAAGAAUACAUCGAGAGGAGGAUUUCCAGUUCAUCCUGAAAGGAGUGGCCCGUUUGUUAUCAAACCCGCUGGUCCAGACCUACCUGCCAAACUCUGCCAAGAAGAUCCAGUUCCAUCAGGAACUUCUUGUUCUCUUCUGGAAACUCUGUGACUUCAACAAGAAAUUCCUCUUCUUUGUGCUGAAGAGCAGUGAUGUUCUGGAUAUCCUUGUCCCAAUCUUGUAUUUUCUCAAUGAUGCCAGAGCAGACCAGUCACGAGUGGGAUUGAUGCACAUUGGGGUGUUUAUCCUCCUGCUUCUCAGUGGGGAGCGUAACUUUGGGGUGCGACUGAACAAGCCGUAUUCUGUACGAGUGCCUAUGGACAUCCCUGUCUUCACAGGGACUCAUGCGGAUCUGCUCAUCAUAGUCUUUCACAAGAUCAUAACUAGUGGGCAUCAGCGUCUGCAGCCUCUCUUUGACUGCCUGCUCACCAUCAUUGUGAAUGUGUCUCCGUACCUGAAGUCCCUUUCCAUGGUGGCUGCUAACAAGUUACUGCAUCUCCUGGAGGCUUUCUCCACUACCUGGUUCUUGUUCUCUGCUGUCCAGAACCACCAUCUUGUUUUCUUCUUACUGGAAGUUUUCAACAACAUAAUUCAGUACCAAUUUGAUGGGAACUCUAAUUUGGUGUAUGCUGUUAUCCGCAAGCGGAAUGUAUUUCACCAGCUGGCCAACUUGCCCACGGACUCGCAGUCCAUCCAGAAAGGUCUGCAGCGCAAGAAGAAAUCUCCCGAGCCAAUUUCUCGCACCAACUCCCAGGACGGAGCCUCCAUGGAAGGGUCGCGUCCUGCUGCCCCUGCUGAGCCGGGGACACUGAAGACAAGUUUGGUGGCUACUCCAGGGAUUGACAAGCUCACAGAGAAGUCACAGGUGUCAGAGGAUGGGACCAUGCGUUCGCUGGAGCCUGAGUCUUUACAGCCUCUGCCAGAGGGUAACCUGCCCUCAGCUGCGAGCGAUGGGGAACCCUGGAGUGGGGAAGUGUCACAUCCCCCGCGGGAUCGAAGGCGUCUCUCCAGUGCAUCCUCCAGUGGACAGUGGACCCCAACUCCUGACUGGGUGAUGUCUUGGAAGUCAAAGCUUCCUCUGCAGACCAUCAUGCGGCUGCUACAGGUACUGGUCCCUCAGGUGGAGAAGAUCUGCAUUGACAAGGGUCUCACAGAUGAGUCAGAGAUCCUCAAGUUCUUGCAGCAUGGCACACUGGUGGGGCUGCUGCCAGUCCCUCACCCCAUCCUCAUUCGCAAGUAUCAGGCUAACUCAGGCACUGCCAUGUGGUUCCGGACCUACAUGUGGGGUGUUAUUUAUUUGAGGAAUGUGGAUCCCCCUAUCUGGUAUGACACAGAUGUGAAGCUGUUUGAAAUUCAGCGAGUCUAAGAGAGCACUUACCUCUACUAAGAGAAAUACACUGGAUCUAAAGACUUUGCUGUGUGCUGCUUCAUCACAGCUGUUCCUGCAUUUCACAUCCAGAUAGGAGACCAAAAGGACAAUCACUCCAUUUACCUCCCUGUCAUUUAAAGCUUUAAUUGGGACCUGUGUGGACAUCCCUCCCCCAGCUCACUUCUCUUCCUUUACCCUUCACCAUGAACCCUGGGUGAAAGAUGUCUAAGGGAUUGUCCAUUGUUGUGGUUGCACUAGAAGUCAGUCUGUUCUUAGGUCUUCUGUUAUUGUUUUUCUCCUGGAUUUGGUUUGGAAACUGUUUUGACCCAGUCCUUGCCCUAUUCAGUGUCAGCAUUUAAUUGAAAAGGCUAUAACUGUAAAUUGGGUGCAAGGGAGAAGCUGCUAUUCCUGCAGGCAAUGGGGUUUGGAAAUGGUAGUUACUUUCAAGUGGCUCCACAGUGUUUCUGGGGCACACCUUCUGACUGCAGGUGUCUCCCUGAUGUCUCAGUUGUAUAUUGGUAGGGAAAUCUUUCCAAUCCAAAUGAAAGGAGAAGUUACUGAAGGAAAAAUUUGUGUCUCAGCUCUGAAUCUCUCUACUCCUUUCCUGGAAAGCUGUUUGAAGAGGUCCUUUAGUAGGUGGCACUCUGGUGUGGUCCAGGCCCAGCAACCUGUUGGGUGGGUGGGUGAGUGGACCAGCUCAGUGGGAAUAAGGAGAAGAGAUGGUUAACCUCUGUUGGACUUCAUCACUUGACUGAAAGGACACUGUCACCUGGGUUUGAGAGGAACCAUGUCCUUCUGACUCUGCUUGUGGAGCAGAAGGGUCUUUUGCACACUACUGUCUGAAGCCAGAAACAGGGUGGCUCUCAGGGAAGCUGUGGGAGGAAUUUGGAAGCUGUAGGAGGAAAAGCAUCUCCAUGUCACUAGGGAGUGGAGAGUGAGUGCUGAGGCAAGAUUUGAUUCUUCUGGGCAUUUUGCUAGCGACCAAGAUAUGAGAUCUUGAAAGUCUAGGAAGGCAGAGCAGGAAGCAGUGGAAGACUGGCUGUUGUUGGCAUGGUUCAGCAGCAUGUAGUUGCACGUUGGUAGGUGGAGUCAUCCUGGGAGUCAUCAAAUUGUAUGUUCUGUGGAGAGGGGCUGCUGCCUUAGGCCUGUGAGGUCUUUAGACAAGGCAAUGCCAGAGGUCCUGUCAUGACCUCUUCACCAAAGCUUAAUCCUUGCUGCACUAGGCCUCAGCCUUCGGGGUCACUGGGCCAUGAGCUGUUCUAAGCUAUGGCAGACAAGUGAGAUCACUCCUUGGAAACUGGUCUUACACUCCUGAGUAAGGGAGGGUGUGCAGUCUUGUUUCUUGUAGCCCUUCCCUAAGUGUUGGAGUUAUGGUGAUGGCAACGUGGCUUUCAUCUCCUGGAGAGAGUGCUGCUGUAGUGUUCCACCAGCACCUGCUGGUCUGUAGGCAGGUGGUUUUCUCCACUUCUGACACUGAAAGUAGCCUGCAGUCCUAGGGCAGCUGAAAGCUGAAAUAAAGUCUGGAUGGUUUUUCUGAUGGAUAAGAAAGACGAGAAAUAGAGUUAAUUUCCUCACCCCUUCCCUGUUCCAUCUCCACUCCGCUUUGUUAUUUAGCACUACACUCAUCCUGAUGCUGUCUUUGGAUAUCAGCAGGGUGAGAUCUCUGUUUCAGUAGGAAUUUCUCAUAUAUAAGAAUGUGAUUUGGUGGGGACGGCCUCUGACUGUAUGGCACUCACAGCCAGAGUGGGACAGCUUGUGUCCACAUGCUUGCCUCUUCCUGUGGAUCUACUGACCCCUAUGAUUUCUUCCAUCUUUUCUGCUUUAUUUCUUUGUGAGUUUCUUUGGAAACACUUUUUGUUUUUCUUGGUGUUUGGAGUCUAAUCUUUGUUCUGUGAAAAUCAACUUGCACUGUAAACUAUUUGCUUAAUUACAGAGUGAAAGAUAAAGAUUAUCUGAAACAUGCAA